UGUAAUUUUUUUAUUUUAUUUUAAAUUCUUAUAUACUUUUAAAAAUAAUAUAUGUGCGACUGUGUCUAUAUAAGUAUACUUUUGAAAAUAUAUUUGAGUGUUUCAUCAACAAUACUUUUAUGGCUUGGAUAAGUAACUAAAAGAAGGUUCAAAAACGCUUUUGUUGUCGGUCCGCUUUCCUGGUUGGAAUGCCCGUCCUGCUGGAUGGCUUACAAGUUAAAAUAUGAAAGUGAAAUUAGUUGCCCGAAAAUGAACAUGAUUUCCUGGACGCUGAUACCGAAAAUCGAUUUCAUGGUGUGGUGCACGACGCACGUUGAGAACGUCGUUGGUAGUACGGAUUGAUGGAAACAUGGCGUGAAGUACAAAAUUCAGUACCAGGAGCACAUACUCGCUACUCGCACAUUGGGUUCCACAGGAAACUGGCACUUACGAAAUAUAGCGAUGCAUGGAUUUAUCUAUUAGGAAAACAAAUAGUCCAGAAAACUUCCAUGAAAUGCACAACAACCGAUUGUAUGAUGUUCUCGAUUCUCCCACAAUUUUCCAACAGCGAAGAUAUUUUAUGUAGUGAUAUCAAUAUAAUAAACGAAAUCCAAGUUGAAAAGAUGACAAAAAUGUGUUCGAUCUCAAGAAGUAAUAAUAAAAAUAGAUGCACGAUGUACAUAUAUUAAAGUAUUAAAACUUUAACUAAAAUUGUGUAAUAAAUGCAAAAAUGUAAAAUUCGGAAUAAUAUUUUUAUGUACUUACUAAUACGUAUCUUAGGUAUAUCGUGUAUAUAAGCCAUAUAGAUACGAUACAAGGAAAUUGUUUAUUUUAAAUUAUUUAUGAAUUUAUGAUGAGUUCAGCUAACUAUAUUACAAACGAAAUUUAACUAUUUUUCAUUCUUUCGUUUAAUUAUUUUUUUUAAAUAACUAUU